CCCUUGGCGUCAACGAAACGCGGAGGCUCCAGUUUCUGACUCUUGGGCGGUACUGUUGUGCUGUUUUGUGCCUUUGUCUGAAUCGCCACUUUGUUUUUAAAUGUGCUGCGAUGGCGCGCUCGUCGCCGACAGCCGCGGUACGCCGACAGUGAGCGAUUAAUUUGUAAGAAUAUGAAGAAUGGACGAGGACGAGGUGACCGUCAGAGAGCAGAAUUUCCACAGCCAAGUGCGGGAGUACAUCAUCUGCUUCCUGCUGUUUGCAGCACUCUACAUCGUCUCAUACUGCAUCAUCACGAGAUACAAGAGGAAAACUGAUGACCACGAAGAUGAAGAUGCUAUAGUGAACAGAAUCUCGCUGUACCUGUGCACCUUCACACUGGCUGUGUCUGCGGGCGCUGUGCUGCUGCUGCCCUUCUCCAUAGUCAGUAACGAGAUCCUGCUCUCCUUCCCCAAAAACUACUACAUUCAGUGGCUCAAUGGCUCGCUCAUCCAUGGCCUGUGGAACCUGGUGUCCCUUUUCUCCAACCUCUGCCUCUUCGUGCUCAUGCCCUUCGCUUAUUUCUUCCUGGAGUCCGAAGGAUUUGCCGGAUCAAAGAAGGGCAUCAAGGCUCGUAUUCUGGAGACCUUUGUCAUGCUCUUCCUGCUUGCCCUGCUCAUCUUGGGAAUGGUGUGGGUGGCCUCGGCGCUCAUCGACAACGACGCGGCCAGCAUGGAGUCGCUGUAUGAUCUUUGGGAGUUCUACCUGCCCUAUUUGUACUCUUGUAUAUCCUUAAUGGGCGGUUUACUGCUUCUCAUGUGCACGCCUGUGGGACUCUCCCGCAUGUUUACUGUCUGGGGCCAGUUGCUGGUGAAGCCCACGAUCCUGGAAGACCUCGAUGAGCAAAUUUACUGCAUCCACUUGCAAGAAGAGGCUCUCCAGAGGAGACUGAAUGGGUUGUCGGCCCAGUGCAACAUCACGCACCUGCACAAAGAACUUGAAGGCAUCAGGAGUCAAAAGAAUAAACUCGAGAGGCGAAAGAAGGCUUCGGCCUGGGAGAGGAAUCUGCUUUACCCCGUCGUCAUGCUCAUACUGCUCACCGGAACUGCCAUCUCCGUUCUUCUGGUCGCCCUCAACAUUCUGUACCUGCUAGUGGACGAAACCGCCAUGCCCAAAGGGUCGAAGGAAAGAGGCAUAGGAAACGCAUCGCUGUCCCCCUUCGGAGUUGUGCAAGCAGCCAUUGAAAUAAUAAUGAUGUUCUACCUGCUGGUUUCGUCUGUUGUCGGAUUCUAUAGCCUACGCGUGUUUGAAGGCCUGACCCCCAGGAAGGACGACACCACGAUGACCACAAUCAUUGGAUGUUGCGUCUCGAUUCUCGUGCUGAGCUCAGCUUUGCCAGUGAUGUCCCGAACACUGGGGAUUACCAGGUUCGAUCUUCUCGGGGACUUCGGGAGAUUUAACUGGCUGGGCAACUUCUACAUCGUCCUGUCGUACAAUCUGCUCUUCGCUGUGGUGACGACGCUCUGCCUGGUCCGGAAGUUCACCUCCGCCAUCAGGGAAGCGCUCCUCAAGGCUUUAGGCCUGGAUAAAUUGCACCUGUCAAACAGCCCGACGGAUGCAGAGACGUCCAAGCACUCGGCAAACGGGCACCAGAAGUCUCUGUGAAGGCUACGUGGCGGCGACUUCCAGCCGCCACGGAGAGAUUUCAGCUCCAUGACAUUCCAUCGCCCUCCUUGUCCCGAGUUCGCACUCUUCAGGGGAAGAGGGAGGCAUCUCGGCCCCGGCGACGCCACGACGACUGUGAAUCUCGCUUCUCGUUCCUUCGAACUCUCACUUCCAACCGCGCCAACGGAGAACGUUCCGAAUCACCUGGUGCAAAAGCUGGCAGAACGUUCCAGAAGCCAGGCACAUCACCGACCGGAGACCGAAGGGAGAAUAAAGAACACAAGCGGCGGUUUGCCUUCCCAUACGUUGUGGUUUGGUGGCAGCUGUCAGAGCCACAUUUUUCUCGUCCGGUUUUAGCAGUUGUAUGUUUGUGCGACGCGCUAUCAGCAAUCCAUUACUUUUUCAGUGCUGUUACUUUUUUUGUGAAAGCGAAGCACUUUCUGGUGUCUCAAAGUGUGUGAUUCACAUUUUGUAAACAUUGCGUUCGUCCCACCAUUUGCAGUGCUGCUGUGAAGUGACACCUCUCACUAUCGGACAGACAUUUGCUGGCAUUUAAGACACGCUUACGGUGAACUCUUAUUAAUACGUGCACGUGUGACGGCGUUGACAGCGACGGAGUUGAAGUUUUGCAGUUUUCUGGUGCUCAGUUUUAGGGAGUUGAUUUGAGCAAGAUUGUCUACUAGGAAAAUUUUAUGGUAAAAACUUCCCCACCAGGGCAUUUUUUCCAGUCUUUAUAUUUUACCAGAUUAAUCCCAUAGUUAUGUAUUCCAUAUAUAUUUAAAGAAUGUAUUUUGCCGUUUUGAGGUGAACAAAUGGUGGUCAUUCUAUCGACAGUGGUGGUCAAUCUUAUUGCUGUUCAUUUCAAGCUACCUUCUCGCUUAAGCACACUUGGACAAAAAUUUUGGCUAUUACAGUAGUUUACUAAUGUGAGGCACAUAUGCUUCUGUGUCACAAUGUCUCAAGAACUUUCCCGCGUCUUAUUUGGAAGGAGUGGGGAUUAAAGGUCUUAACUGAGUUACUCAGCUGAGUAGCUCAUGUGACGUUCCAGGAGCCCGAUAAUGUGUUUAUAUGCAUAAUCUUCAUUAUUAAUGUCAUUAUUAUUGCCGUAUUUAAACUUUUAAGUCUGGUAUGAGAGGUGUCGAUGGAAGGAGACCUCUUGGCUUUGUGCUGCCCAGGCUUUGCCACCUUCAAUUUUUACCCAUUUGUGGUUGAGCUGCAACCCCUCGGUAUAUGCUGGGCUAUAUCAUAAUGCAGGUUCCUUUUGGACCGUUGGUCCACAUCUGUCAGCUCCCUGUUUCCUGACGCAUUUGACCUCUCCACAAAAAGGAUCUGCUUUGGUGCAUUUUUAGUAUACGCAGCCUGGUAGAGUACUUCUGAUGUUCUGCAAGGGACUAAAA